AUGACUGAUCAAUAUGAUCGCAAAUAUGAGUCACCAGAAGGAACCGCCGUUGAUGGACUACCUCGUGUGAAGGCGAUAUACAUUCAUCCUGUCAAGUCAUGUGGGCCUGUUGAGGUUGAUCGCGCGUUGCUUACCAAGUCUGGAUUUAUGUAUGACCGAUCUUUCGCACUGGCAACUGAGAGCCCUCAAGCCGAAGACCCUGCGACCUUGGAAUGGCGUUUCAUCAGCCAGCGCACAAAACCAAAUAUGGCUCUCAUCGCAUCAGAGUUAUGGCUGCCGACCAAGGACAGCAACCCGGAUGACCCGUUAGUUCAAUCAGGUGGAUGUGUGGUUUUGACAUUUCCAGACCUAGAUACGCCAGACUGGAGAACUCGAUUUGAGACAAUUUUCCAUACAUGGAGCCUCUCCGCUACACCUAAGGUAUCCUGCGUUGUACCCCUCCAAAUUACAGCCACUCAGAUGGACCGAUUUAACAUGAAAAUGAAAACGUUCCGUAUCCACUCCCGGGAUGCCAAGGGCCUUGAUAUGGGAGAAGUACCCUCGGUUGCGUCUGCCUUGCCCAAGCUGAAGAAGUUUCUGCGACUUUCCAAUCAGUCAAGUCUUACGAUUUUGAGGUGUACUCCAGAUACCCUCGUGCACACCGAUAAGAACCUCGCGCCACUGCAGUAUAUCGGCACACCAGCCGUGCACGGCUACACAGACCAACAGCCUAUCAAUAUCAACAAUUUGUCAUCCGUACAUGCUGUGUCAGCACUUCUUCCUCAGGAGAACCAACCCCUAAAUGCACUUCGCUUCCGGGCAAAUAUAUGGAUCACAAACACUCCCGCCUAUGAAGAAGAGACAUGGAAGCGCUACCGUAUACUGCCGAAGCAUGCCCGAUUUGAUUCCAGUGAGAAAUUGCGCGCCAGUGUGGCUCCUGUCCUUUCUGUUGUCUGCCGCACAUCUCGAUGCACCAUGCCGAACGUCAACACCGACACUGGAAAAUUCGAAACGGACAUUCCUCUCCCAGAGAAAAAGAAAGGCAAACCACAGCCAAGCACAACUUUAGUUCAGCACCGUACGAUCGAAACGGGAAAUAAGGCGGCACUCGGUUAUCUUGGCAUGCACUGCGUUCCUGAAGAUCGGAACUUGAUGGAGGCCGAAGAGCAAAAUAUGGGGUUAUAUGUUCAGGUCGGCAAUGAGAUUGAGGUUCUUGAGCGGGGAGUUCAUCUUUACGGGUCUACGGGAAAUGACUAUUAG